CGGCGGCGGGAGGCGCGUCUCCCCGGCCCAGUCCGCGCCCGGCCCCGCGGGGCCGCCCCGGCCCGCUCCGAGGAAAAACUGCAGAGACAAUCUAAUGGAUGAAGAUGAGAAAGACAGGGCAAAGAGAGCUUCUCGAAACAAGUCUGAGAAGAAACGUCGGGACCAGUUCAAUGUUCUCAUCAAAGAGCUCAGCUCCAUGCUGCCUGGCAACACGCGGAAGAUGGACAAGACCACCGUGCUGGAGAAGGUCAUCGGAUUCCUACAGAAACACAACGGCAUUAGACGGCUUCAUCAUCGCUGUGACGACGGACGGCAGCAUCCUCUACGUUUCUGACAGCAUCACGCCUCUCCUUGGGCAUUUACCGUCGGAUGUCACGGAUCAGAAUUUGUUACGUUUCCUUCCAGAGCAAGAACACUCAGAAGUCUACAAAAUGCUUUCUUCCCAUAUGCUUGUGACGGACUCCCCCUCCCCAGAACACUUAAAAUCUGACAACGAUGUAGAGUUUUAUUGCCAUCUUCUCAGAGGCAGCUUGAACCCAAAGGAAUUUCCAACUUAUGAAUACAUAAAAUUUGUAGGAAAUUUUCGCUCUUACAACAAUGCGCCCAGCCCCUCCUGUAACGGCUUUGACAGCGCCCUUUCGAGGCCCUGCCGAAUGCCCCUGGGAAAGGAGGUCUGCUUCAUUGCCACCGUUCGCCUGGCAACACCACAGUUCUUAAAGGAAAUGUGCAUCGUUGACAAACCUUUAGAGGAAUUCACUUCAAGACAUAGCUUGGAAUGGAAAUUUUUAUUUCUGGAUCACAGAGCUCCUCCGAUCAUAGGAUACCUGCCGUUUGAAGUGCUGGGAACCUCGGGCUAUGAUUACUACCACGUGGACGAUCUGGAGCUCCUGGCCAGGUGCCACCAGCACCUGAUGCAGUUUGGCAAAGGCAAGUCGUGUUGCUACCGGUUUCUGACGAAAGGCCAGCAGUGGAUUUGGCUGCAGACUCACUACUACAUCACCUACCACCAGUGGAACUCCAAGCCCGAGUUCAUCGUGUGCACGCACUCAGUGGUCAGUUACGCGGAGGUCCGGGUGGAAAGAAGGCAAGAGCUGGCCCUGGAGGACCCGCUUCUGGAGACCGUCCACCCUUCGGCACUGAAGCACAAGGGCUCCAGCCUGGACGCUCAGCAGCACUUUAAUGCACUCGACGUGGGCGCCUCGGGCCUUAACACCAGCCACUCACCAUCGGCGUCCUCAAGAAGUUCCCACAAAUCCUCGCGCACGGCUGUGUCCGAACCCACCUCUACUCCAAGCAAGCUGAGGGCAGAGGCCGGCACCACGGCUUUGCCAAGAUCGGCUCAAGAGCUCCCCGUGCUAGGGCUCAGCCAGGCAGCCACGAUGCCGGCUCCCCUGCCCGCCCCGGCGUCCUGUGACAUCACACAGCAGCUCCUGCCUCAGACCAUCUUGCAAAGCCCACCUGCCCCCGUGACACAGUUUUCAGCACAGCUCAGCAUGUUCCAGACCAUCAAAGACCAGCUGGAGCAGAGGACGAGGAUCCUGCAAGCCAACAUCCGGUGGCAGCAGGAAGAGCUCCACAAGAUCCAGGAGCAGCUCUGCCUGGUCCAGGACUCCAACGUCCAGAUGUUUCUGCAGCAGCCAGAUGUAUCCCUGAGCUUCAGCAGUGCCCAGCGGCCCGAGGCUCAGCAGCAACUCCAGCAGAGGUCGGGCCCAGGCCCCCAGCCCCAGCUCGUGGCCAGCCCUCAGCUUCUGGGGCAGAUGGCCUCUGCCCAGGUCACAAGCCAGCACCUGCUCAGAGACUCGAGUGUGAUAUCAACCCAGGGUCCAAAGCCAUUGAGAAGCUCUCAGAUGAUGCAGGGGAACAGCCUGACGCCCCAGUUCAGCAGCACCUCUGCUGUGCUCCCGCCGGCUCUGAGCCUGACCACGCCUGCUUCCGCCUCCCAGGAGGCCAGCCAGGGCCAGCCCAGCCCGGACUUCAGCCACGAUCGGCAGCUCAGGCUAUUGCUGAGCCAGCCCAUUCAGCCCAUGAUGCCCGGGUCCUGCGAUGCGAGGCAGCCCCCAGAGGUCGGCAGGCCUGGACGACAAGUCAAGUAUCCACAGAGCCAGGCCGUGUGUCCAAACCCAGACGUGCACACCACCACCAGCAGCGUCUCGACCCCUGUCCUGCUGAUGGGGCUUCACCCCCGCUUCCCCACCUCCCAGCCGUCGCCCCUGAAGCCCGCGCAGACCCAGCAGCAGCCUCCGUGCUUCCUGCAGGUGCAGGCACCAACCUCUUUGCACAGUGAGCCGCAGGACUCGCUCCUUCUCUCCACCUACUCGCAGCAGCCAGGGACCCUGGGCUACCCACCUCCCGCACCCUCGCGCCCUCCCCGAAGGGUCAGCAGCCUGUCUGAGUCCGCAGGCCUCCAGCAGCUACCGCGGUAGUGCCCUGGCGUCUCAGUUGGGUCACAUCAGCUUUAACCAAUGGACGGUCGAGGGGGGGAUGGCCAGGGAGUUGGGGAGAAGAGUUUAAAGGACACCCCGGCUUUCGUGCGCACCGCAUCCGUUUCGGAGCUCCUGAAUGGUGACAGCGUCUGAGCACAGCGGCCGGCCCGUGGAAGUGGGCAGGGACACUGGCCGUGUUUCCCUGUCCCUGCACUUCACGGCCACAGUCUACAGCCAUACGUGGAAGGGGCCGCGGUCCCCACGGGAGUGCAUCCCUUAGUUCACCUUAGUGCUGGCUCGUCUCGCUGCAUCCUGCCCCCGCCCCCGGAGCGCGCCGGUCCCUCCCACCGCUGCCGCCCGUGCGCACGUGCUCAUUGGCCUGCGCUCUACUGACUCUCUUUCCUCUGCCGCGGAGAAGCACCGGGUCAGGGAUUUGUUGAAGAGAGAGAAUAAAGAGAUGAUUUUUUCGUUAUUUUUAGAUGAUUGCUUCUGUUUUAAUUUGCACAGCUGCACAAGGAGAUAACUUAGGCACCUUCCUUUCUUAAAAAUACUGUCUCCUCCCAUGACUUCAUUUGGAGACGCCAGUAACAAAAACAACCCACGGAUCAGAUGGCAAAGCUGGUGGUCAGUCACCAGGCUGCAGCGCCACACCCUCCGGCCUGACCCUAACGGAAUAAGGCUCUUCCCCCCACACCGUUCCGGUGGGGUGUCUUUUGGUUUGGUUUGGUUUUGGGUUUUUUUUUUUUUUGCCCCCGAAUAUAACACUGGACUGUUUCCUGUUUACUUCGGCGAUUACAACCACGAAGGCGGACUCGAAGCAAAGCACAAUCCCGCAGCUGACGUUCUGGAGUUCUAGUUGAAGACUUGAGGACUGGGAAGGUUUCACCAGCCAGACGGGUCUGUGGAGCGCCAGGUCCCCAGGAAGCCCCACCGCGUGCUGGCCCUUGGAGUGAGAAUGCUGCAUCUUUCUACAUAUCUUUCCUGAUAAGACCGAGGAUUGGAUUUUCCUUUUCAAAAUGCACUUUGCUUUUUUUGUAUGUUUUGUUAUGUUGAGAUGUUUCUAAAGAAAAGAUUUUAUGUAAUUAUAAGAUGAAGUGUAGUGAAUUGUACAGCUGUUGUAA